UGCCAUCCCGCCAUCAUUUCCUCCCGGCUCCUCGUCGUCGUCUCUAUUCCUCCCGUCUCCCCCGACUUUUGUUCUUCUCUCUGUUUUUCCUGUAAUUUCUCAAAAGGACUUGCACCCCCUUCUGUUUCCCCUCGGUUCGAUUGCCCGCGAUGCCUGCAGAUGACCCGUCUACGUCGUCUCACAUGAUGAAGACCACAAAACGCGGUCGACCGUUUCUCAAGGAUACGCUCGACUUGUUUGCGACGUUGAUUGUAUCCCUGGAGCUCGGACCACAUAAGCAGUUCUUCCGUACUUUUCCCAACUCCUUCUCAACAGAUGAAGCUUGCUUGAACCUUGCCUCGUUGAAGUUUUCGCAGUCCAACCGCGGUCCGGAUCCGAGAGAACCCUCACGUAUAGUCACGACCACCACGACAACGACGUUCUCUAUGACUCGAGAGAUGGCGAAGGCCAUGUGCCAGCAUUUCAUGGAUGCUCGGUUGAUUGAGAACGCUGCGGACCCUUCUUCUAAUCUCUUCAAAGAUCGGGGCGUCUACGUUUUGACGCCGAAGGGUCUGCACGUAUUGGAACGGUUCAUCAGUAAGAACGGCAUCAACUCCGACCACAUCUCCAAUGUAUUCGCUACGCAACCUAUCUGCAUGAAGUUGCUACAUCUCGAGCGGCGAUCAUCUGAUGACGAGAUCAUUGUCUCGCAGUCGGUGAUUACAACGCUCUUCAGGCGAUUCGUGGGUCAUAAACCCAACUACCCACCUCAGGGCCAGGGUCAGCUCGACGCGUACCAGCAGUACCACGAACGGUCCAAGGGUAUUGCGCUCAUGGAUGUGCAGGAUAAGGCACAGCUGGGCAAGACUGCGCAGACGCACAAGUAUUGCUUCGCUGCCGUCUCGGCUCUAGAGUGGCUUUGUGAUUUCACGUCUGUCGUCGGUCGCGAGGAGGCUGCGGAGAUGGCUGCCCAGUUCGUGCGUUUCGGGCUCAUCCAGCUCGUGAGCGACAAGCGGAAGAACAACGACUCUGCGAUCAUCUUCACUGUUCGUGGAUCUGCUCCUGGUGGCAACUCGCCCGUUUCGCAACAUGGCGAGUUCCGCUGUACUGCUAAGGCUAUCUACCGGGUCACUGACGAAGGACGUCGCGUGGCUCGUUGGGACACACCAAAUCGUGGCCCCGCUAGUCGUGAUUCUCCAAACGCGUCUUCCGCCAAUUUGGCAUCUACGGAACGGUCGUCCAUCGAGGACAGCGCUGAGGCCGCUAGUUCCGCCGCUGACGCUCCUACACCCGGUGAGGCCAGGAUUCAGCGUCGAAUCUCGAUACAUGAGAAAAUGAAUGGUAGUUAUGACGCGGGCGAUAAGAAGUCAGGCAAGGAGAGCAACAGCGACCGUCUCAACAAGAUUCUCGAGGACCCGAUGCUUCGCUCCUUAUUCCGAGAGUUCCUCCGUGGCAACUUCUGCGAAGAGAAUCUGUCAUUCUGGCUCGAUGUCGAAGACUUCAAGCGCAAAUUCAAUAUCACAUCCAGCGCUGUUGCAGCCACGCGGCCGGCUACCAGCAGGAACACUCCUGGGCAGGCUGCGAUGGAACGUCAUCACGAGUCUCUGAUUCAAACUGCCUUCAACAUCUACAACAUGUAUCUCGCCCCUGCAAGUCAGUGCGAGCUCAACAUUGAUCAUGGGUUGCGGAACGAGCUCGUGGCGUAUCUCAGUGAGGUAAUGACAGGCCUGACGGGUAAGGCUUUUCAGGGUCGAGUUGAGCUCGAGCAAGCCAGCGCAUUCAAUGCGACACAGCUGCAAACAAUGAUCCGGCUGUAUGAGCGUAUUCAGACGCAUGUCUUCCGGCUUAUGGCAACGGAUUCCGUUCCGAAGUUCAUCAAGACACCGAAGUUUAUGGCCGUGCGUAACUGGGCCGACGACGAUGAGAACGAUACGCCAGGUCAUGUUCCGACGCGUCCACCAGGGUUAGACGAUGCGGAAGAAGUUGGCGGUACCUACGUGACAGUUUCACAAGCAGCAAGCGAGAAACGUCACCGGCAAAGAGAAGGGUGGACGGACAAGUCGCUAUGAGCGAUGACGAACCGUUGCCCUUCCUCAUUUGCGUCAACCACUGUAUCCUCAACUUCUUGCAUGCUGUUUAUCUAUCAUCCGUCGACAUCUAUCUGCAUAUGCAACAUCACCUGUCACAUCAUCUCUCUUGCUCGACUGUACAUCGCGCGCUCUAUAUGCUGUCGUCUCUUACAUCACGGCUAUCCGAACUAUGGCUAGGCACACUUGAUCGAACCCGGGGGGUCUUUCGCAUCUUAAUCAUCAUCGUAUUAUUUCCACUUCCAUUUCCCACUUUGCCCAUCCUCAUUCGCAAACCCCUUCUGAUUUCAUUCCCAUUUGCUUUCUAUUAUUCCAUCCUACUUCGGUGUAACAUUUAUAAUAACUUAGGCAUCUCCUACCCGUCCGGAGAUAAGACUCUGCUAAUCGAACAUUCCACUGUUCAUUAUUAUUAUCGAAUGUAUCGACGUUCGCUGUAUAUGUAGAGUGCCUGCGAAGCAAGA